AUGCCGGCUGACGACCACCACGAACAGUUCAUGCGAGCAGCUCUGUGCGAGGGCGAAAAGGCGCUGACUCGAGCUGAAGUGCCUGUGGGGUGCGUGUUCGUCUACAAGGACGAGAUCAUCGCACGUGCGUCCAACCGCGUCAACGAGCUUUACAAUGCCACGAUGCACGCGGAGAUGGUCGCAAUGGAGUCCAUUGCCGCUACGUACGGCGACGGAGCAGAAGACGUGCUUUCCGAGUGCACGUUAUACGUGACGUGCGAGCCGUGCAUCAUGUGUGCAGGAGCGCUGGCUAACGUCUUCAUCAAGCGCGUGUACUUUGGCUGCCAUAAUGAUCGCUUUGGAGGGUGCGGCUCCGUGCUGAACUUGCACGAGCGCAGUGCACUGCCGAAUAGCGACGUCCAUCGCGGCUUUCCGUGUGUGUCAGGCAUCCUCAAAGAUGAUGCAAUCACGCUGCUCAGGAAGUUUUACACAAGCGAAAACCCGCGCGUGGAAGACUCGAAGAAGAAGAGGAAGAAACGCAGCCCGGAAACUGACGGGGUUGCUGCCAGCGAGCUCCACGAUCGAGCAAACGCGUGA